AUGGAAGAAACCCUAAAAAAACUCCCAAAACCUGAAGACGCAAUAAUUGAAAACCCAGAACUUUAUAUUAUAGUCCGAAGUACGCCAAACAAAGCAAAUAUUAUAUGGCAAGACAUUGUUGACGUUAAUAAAGUGUACAAAGCAUUACAAUACCUCAAAAAUGUAAACGAACAUUAUGCUUAUAUCAAAUUAACAGAUUUACCUAACCAGCUCAUAAACAUACAUGAAAAUAUUCAACAAAAUGUUACAAAUACACCAGAUAAUACUGAAGAAGGCAUUUUAGAAGAUGGUACAGCAGCACUGUUGACCCAAAUCACAAGAGAAAAGGAAACUGAUUAUGAGCAUUACACCAUAUAUCCUUUGAAUGAACGGAGACAAAAUGCACCAGCUUCAGAACUCUACCAAAUGCUCAAAGUAAACACAGCACCGAUUGAUGCCCGAGAUAAAGACCUCGACGUUAAAUGUUUUCCACAUUUAUAUGUAGAAGGAAAAUACGGCCAAUUUCAUAAUCGGCAGCAGAAAGUAACUUCUAGUGAAUUUAUUAAAGCCCGGCUUAUGUCAAAACAUCCUCAAUUUAGACUCAACCAACAGUAUCUAUUUUUCUUAUUGAAUGAUGCUAAUAUGCGCCAAUUAAACUCCGGAAUCUUUUUUAAAAUGAAUUGUGCUAAUCAGAGAGAUAAAAUUACGGUAGAACGGUAUCUCCAAAUGCUUAAAAAUGAUGAGCUGGAAGGUGAUUUGACCGCAAUAUUUGGCCGACUGAGAAACACCGAACAGUUUUGGAAGAAACCAAGAAACGAUGUAAAUUGUAUGACUCAAAAUUACGAUCCAGCAACUUGGUUUCUUACCAUGAGUCCCUCUGAGUGGAUGUGGGAGGAUUUUGGAGAGUACAUCAGGCAAGUAAAUGGCGUUAAAAUGGCUAAUAAAACAAUCAGUGAAUUGGUUGCUCUUGACCCCGUAUCUACCUCACAUAUUAUAGAUAACAAGUUUCAUGCAAUGUUAGACUUAAUAACUAGUUCAGAUGAGCCUUUAGCGGCAAGAAAAACUCUCAGCUCUAAUAAUCGGCUCUACAAUAUUGUCCGCUCGAAGGAGUCAGAUAUGAUUAAUGACUACAAUCCCGCUUUGCUGUUGGCGUGGAAUGGAAAUAUUGACAUUCAAUAUGUUGGAGAGAAAACAGCCAUUUUGAACUAUUAUGUGACCAAGUAUACUACUAAAACUGAAAAGACCCAUGCAACCGACAUGUUUAACGAUAUUAACUCUACAAAAAGUCUUAGAAGCCGGUUAUAUAAUAUUGGUCUCAGAGUAUUAGCGAAUCGAGAAUGCGGAGCUUUAGAAGCCAGCGAUACAUUAUUGGGAAUACCACUUUACGGCACGGACCCACAAACAACAAUAAGAUGGUUAGACGUAAACAUUCAUCGUAAUCGCAGGGUUAAAUCGAAAUCUGAAAUGACUGGACUGGACCCGAAUUCCACUGACAUAUAUUACGAUCCUUGGAUAGACAACGUUUACCCUGCCAGACCUGACGAAUUACAAGACAUGAAUCUAUUUGACUUUUCGAAAGACUAUGAUUUAGUUAAUACACGGCCUGUUUCAAAUAAAGUAGAGUAUUAUGUUUUAGCAAAUAAAAAAUACUUAAAAAAACGAGAUAGACCAUACCUAAUUAACCAUUACCUGUAUGAUGUAGAGCAAAUGCCAGAAAAAUAUUUCUUUUCCUUGUUGUUAUUAUUUAAACCUUGGAGAAUACUAGAUGACCUAAAAUGCAACAUGAGACAUACACAGAAACAUUUAAUGCUGUAA